ACGUGCUGCAUGGGAUCCUGUGUUUACUUUGCAGGAGAGCAGAGUGGAUGCAGCAGCACAGCAUCGCUGUCUUCCUCCUCCACUCUCUCUUCUCAGUCCUUCGCCCAUCCCAGAGACUGACUCUGCUGUUUCUCUCAGUUCCUGCUCGGUCGACCUGUCCCUCUCUUCUCCUCUCUAUCUCUCUCUCCCCAUCUCUUUCUUUCUGUCUGCAUCUCCACUGAGUGAGGGAGAGGGAAGAGGAAGAGGCUGUGAGGGCUGCAGCACUCCGGCGGGAGUGAGCAGAGCUGCCUCAGCUGGAGCAGCAGAUUUUGCAAGAGCAGGACCUUGCUGGACGUCCAUCACCGGACCCGUAGAAGACUGCCAGCAUGUGCGACUGUUUUCAUCUGGCGUUCCCCAACUGGCAUGGGCCAGCCACGGGUGCUGGGCGAAGGCUGAGGGGACCUGAGCAAGAAACAGAAGAUGAUUCAGUAUGUGAGGAACCUGGGAUUUUAGAGGGGGAAAGACCUCGCCCUCAAGGCUCCUCCCCCGUGGAGGAAUUUCCAGCUGAAAAAACGGUAGAGGAGGACAUUGAUAGCUCACCUCACAAGAGUAGCAACAAAAGAAGCAGAAAAGUCGGUUUUGGGUCUCUUUUUGACAAACGCUCUCCUGCUAAAAUGAGUGACUCAGAGGACACACAAAGUGGUGAGGCUGGAGUGAUUGUGAAACGAGUGAAAAAAGCAUGUGCUGAUGGAUUGGUAGUGACCGGAGGAGGGAAAGAGGGGAUCUUCAUCAAAGAAGUGAAACCAGAUUCACCUGCUGCAAAACAACUGUCUGUGAAAGAAGGUGAUCAGAUACUCAGUGCAACAGUAUACUUUGAUAACGUGUCAUAUGAGGAUGCGCUCCAGAUUCUUGAGCAUGCUCAGCCCUAUAAAUUGGAGUUUUGCGUAAAACGCAAAAAGGAAUCAGCCGUACCAGGAGAUGCUGAAAGUCUACAGCCAGAUGGCUCCCCACACAUGAGAACUCCAAGAAAGAAAAAACAUCAAGACCGCAUCUCAUGGCCAAAAUUUCCCUCUUUUGGCAAGGGACAUAAGGCCCAGUUUAAAAGAUCUCACAGCACCUCAGAAGCAGAGGAGCACAAGAAAUUAGAGAUGAGCCCAACAACAAGUGACACAGAAUCCCCAGUCAAAUCGCCAUUGAAAUCACCAGAUGGAAAAGGCAAGAAAAAGAAGCAAAAAAUCAAACUGAAAAUGAAAAUGAAAGGCCACAGGAGCAGGUCUGUUGAAGAAACUCAGACACUUGAAAAGAUGCCAAUAUCAGAAGACUUGAUCAUUUUGGAAGAUCAUCAAGUUGGAGUUAGAGAGGGAGAAGAUCAGUUUAAUGAGAAACCUGUGAUACAGUUAGUAGAGAUCCCACAGGACAUGGAUGAACCUGAAUAUAAAGAUUCUUCCAAGAUUGGCGAUGAUCAUGCAUUUCCAAGUUUGUCUGGAAUGGAACAGCAGCAUGAGGCUCAUCUCAUCAGUCUGGGUAAUACACUAAAGACUACAGAUAUUUCAGAUGCUCUUGCUGAGGGAUCUGCAACUGAUACAAGACACUCUGAAGAAGGAAAGACAGAGCGAUCUGAACUGAAAAUUAGCAUUGGCCAAGAGGAGAAACCCAAAAUAGCAUUAGAUGGCCAAUUAAUAAAUGUGUCAGAUGUAAGUGGCACCUUAGAUCCAUCUGCAUAUGACAGUGUUGUGGUAAGUCCUGUUGUAAUAUCACAGGCAGAGGUGGAAACAUCUCAACUUGAAACAGAAGUACUCAGCAAGGAGAGUUCUGAGAAAAAAAUGGAACUUAGGUCUGGAAGUACAGAAACAAGCAAGUUCCAACUAGAUGCGUCUGUAGAUUUACUGGAUAUAGGAGAACAAAAACAAUCUCCUAAGACAGAUAAAGAAAAGCAGUGGAAAGAAAAAACAGUACUUGAAAAAGAGAGUUAUGGAAUUCGAACCAGAGGUCCUCUGGCAGAUAUAGCAACCACCAAAACCCCCUUUGCUAGUGCAGUUAAUGGGCUUCAGUUUAUAACAACAGAUUCCUCUGAAAUAAGAAAAGAUGACAAAAUGUCUGAAAAUAUUACUGUAAUUUCCCAACCACUUCCCAAAUCUCCUAAUACAUUCUCUGCUGUAGAUGGAACAGAUUCACACUUGGAAAUAAAACCUUCCAAGCUACCGACAGAGGCAAAUAUUGAUGACAUUUUACCAGGUCUACAUAAAAGAUCAAAGUUUAAAUUGCCAAAAGUGGAUCAAUCUGGCUUUGAAAUUCAAGAACCACUGACACUGAUUCAGACAAGCCUGCCAAAACGAGAAGACAUUGAGAUUCCAGGGAUGGAAGACACUAAACCAAAACCUAGUCUUCAAACUCCUGGGAAGAAGGUACCAAAAAUUGAGAAGAUCAUUAAUAUUACUAAGGAGAGAGAAAUUCAAGAAGAAUUCAAUGUUGAGGAUGUUAAGGAGGCUGUUUCUAAGUUUCCAGUCUUGAAACUUCCAGAGAGGGACAUUACAGGAGUGCUUGUGCAGAGAGAAAUCACAAUUAUGGAAAUGAAGUCAGAUAAAACAAGCAUUACCCCUAGGGGAUCUCCUCGUAAAAUAUCAAGUUCAAGUGCUGACAGCAGUUCUAUGGUCACUAAAAUCAAACUAGGUAAAGAAGAGUCAUCAUCUCCUACUACAAUAGAUAAAGACACAUUGAGAAAGAUACCAAAGAUUGACCUACCAUUUGUUGAUGAGGAAACAGUGACUGUGUCCAUGAUAGACUACACAAAGCCAAAAGGUAAAAAUCAACAAAUAACCACUGAUGAGAUUCUCAUUACUGAUGAUGGGAAAAGCGCAGAUGUUAAAUUCAAACUCCCAAAGCGAGAGGACAUUGAAAUCCCAGGGAUGGAAGCCAUAAAAGACUCUUCUAUGCCCAGUGAAAGACAGGAAAGUAAGAAAUACAGCAGCCAACAGGAGAAGAAAUCUAAAAAAACAAAAAAAGGCAUGUCUGACAUUCGAAUUCCGAAUAUUGGAAUUGAUUUACCCAAAAAAGAUGUCCCACUUCCUAAGGACAUAAAGGAGACAAAAUUGCAUGCUGACAGUAAGAUUCCUGAACACAGUGACCUUAAUAGGAAGGAGGCCAGAAGCCCAAGGUCAGAGACAAAGGUUGAACAAAAAGCCAGUGAUGUAUUGAUAAGUGAGCAACUGGAAGAGGAAAAAAUGGGAGUAUCUGCAAGGUUGAAGACAAAGACAGACAUAGGACACCGUGAACCAACGGAUGACAUUAGAAUGCAAGUUGAUGAUAAAACCGAAACUUCACAUAUGAAAACUGAUGUGAAAGGGAGAAAGUUCAAACUGCCAAAGUUUGACAUCAGUUUCCCCGAGGUAAAAGCACCAAAAAUGUAUGUAAGUGCAUCCAAGAAAGAGGUGGAUUUUUCAGGCACAGAGAAAACUGGAGAAGCAAUGUCAGAAGGACAGGCAUAUCUACCUGAGGGAAAGAUGGGAGUACAGCCAUCUACUCUUGAAGAGCAAACAAAAAUAAGGGUUACAGAUGCAGAAUUAAACACACAGCUCAAAAUGCCAGCCGAGCCACAGUCAGCUGACAUAAAUGAGUCUUCUGUAGACAAGGAUGAAAAAUAUUUUGGUGAAGAUAUGAAGGCUGAAGGGCAAGGAAGCAGGUUCAGAUUGCCAAAAUUUGACAUUAGACUUCCUGAGAUAAAAGCACCAAAAAUAGAUUUAAGCGCAGCAAAGACAGAACUUGAGAUUUCUCUACCUGAAAGAAAAGUGGAAGCACAUCCUCCUGAUGGUAGUGUGCAAGAUGUACCAGAGAUGCAAUCCAAAGGUGUUGAAGACAAGUCAAAGACUUCAAGCUUUUCAUUUCCCAGGUUUGGAUUUUCUAAAGCAGAAGUCUCAAAUGUUGAUGUGUCAUUACCAGACGAUAGUGCCAAUCUGGAAGGAGAAAAUUUAAACAUUGCAGUUUCAAGGAAGGAUACUGACCAAAAAGAUGAAACAAAGUUUGGCUCUCCAAUAAAAUUUAAACUUCCCUCAAUCACACUUCCAAAGUUUGGACAUAAAUCUUCAAAAGCAGAAAUAGAUGUUUCGGGUGUGGAUUUGCAAGCUAAAGGACCAGACACCACUUUCACAGAUGAACAGUUAACAUUGAAAACCAAAACACCUUCAGUCGAAACCUGGGGACUUGAUUUAGAAACAGAAAGGAAGCUUUUAGAAGCUUACAUGCCUUUACCAGAAGGAACUGUAGAUGUAGAAGGACCAAAGCCUGAUAUUAGAACAUCAGUAAAUGUCUCUCCAACAAAAUUUAAACUUCCUUCAGUCACAAUUUCAGGAAAAGAUCAGAAGGAAAAAGUUGAAAUUGCUCCUCGGGGUGUACAGACCACAGGAUCAGAAAUAGGUCUACCAAAUACAGAAUUAGAAUUGUCAGCUGAGCCACUGCCAACAUUUGACAAAAAGGAAAAAUCUUUCAGUGUUGAUAUGAAGGCAAAGGAUGUCCAACUUGAAGGGCAGGGAAGUAAGUUUAAAUUGCCUAAAUUUGGCAUCAGCCUUCCUGAAGUAAAAGGACCAAAAACAGAUUCAGCUGCAGGCAAAACAGAGAUUAACAUAACUUUACCUGAGGGAAAGAUGGAAGUGCAUCCACCUGAAGUUGAACUAAAAGAGGUAAAAACUGAGGUAAAAACACAUAUUCCAGAAAUAGAUUUUAAAGGUCUUGAUGUAAAAACAAAAGGACCAAGUUUUACAUUUCCCAAAUUUGGAUUUUCCAAAUCAGAAGUGAAGGUUCCUAAAGCUGAUGUAAGUCUUCCAAACAUUGAUGUUAAAUUACAAGAAGGAAGUGUAGACUUUGAAGGCCAAAACACAGACAUUACAGUAUCAGUAGAUGAAUCUGGACAAAAAGAUGAAACAAAGUUUAAACUUCCCUCAAUCACUUUACCAAAAUUUGCAACCAAAUCUUCAAAGGGAAAAGAGGAGGAUAUACAGACCAUGGGACCAGAAAUUAGUCUACCAAAUGCAGAAUUAGAAUUGUCAGCAGAGCAACUGUCAGCUGAUAUAAAGGUGCCUAACCUGGAAAAUAAGGAAAAAACACUCAGUGCUGAUAUGAUGGCAAAGGACAUCCAAACAGAAGAGCAAGGUAGCAAAUUCAAAGUGCCUAAGUUUGGGAUCAGCCUUCCUGAGGUAAAAGGACCAAAAAUAGAUUUGGUCGCCACCAAAACAGAGAUUGACGUAUCUUUACCAGAGGCAAAGAUGGAUUUUAAUCCACCUGAGGUUGAACUGAAAGAAGGAACAAUGGAGGUGACAGCAGACAUUCCAGAAAUAGAUUCUCAAGGACCUGAUGUAAAAACAAAAGGACCAGGUUUUUCAUUUCCUAAAUUUGGAUUUUCUCAAUUCGAUAUGAAGAUUCCAGAAGCUGAUGUGAGUCAUCCAAAAGUUGAUGUCAAAUUACCAGAAGUCACACUCCCAAAAUUUGCAACUAAGCCUGUAAAGGGAGAAGUAGAGGAUGUACAGAUCACUGAACAUGAAAUAAGUCUACCAAGUGCAGAAUUAGAACUGUCAGCUGAUAAAAAGAUACCGGAGUUUGACAAACAAGAGAAAUCUCUCAGUGUUGACAUUAAGGAAAGAGACACUGUAUUUGAAGAACAACAAAUUAAGUUCAAAUUGCCAAAAUUUGGGAUCAGACUUCCUGAAGUAAAGGGACCAAAAAUAGAUUCAACUGGAGCCAAAACAGAGAUUGACGUAUCUCUUCCUGAGGGAAAGAUAGAAGUGCAUCCACCGGAAGUUGAACUAAAAAAAGAAACAGUUGAGAUAAAAGCAGAUGUACCACAAAUUGAUGUGAAAACAAAACGACCUAGCUUUUCAUUUCCCAAAUUUGGAUUUUCUAAAUCAGAAGUGAAAGUUCCAGAAGCUGAUGUAGAGCUUGCAAAGGAUGAUGUCACAUUACCAGAAGGAAAUUUAGACUUGGAAGGUCCAAGUACUGAUAUUACGGUAUCAGUGGGCGAUUCUGGACAGAAAGAUAAAACUAAGUUUGGCUCUCCAACAAAGUUUAAACUUCCCUCAUUCACACUCCCAAAAUUUGGAACCAAAGUUUCAAAAGGGGAAGUAGAGGAUGUACAGAUCACAGGACCAGAAAUAAGUCUACAAAAUGCAGAAUUUGAAUUGUCAGGUGAGCAACUGUCAGCUGAUAUACUGGUGGCUGACAUGUACAAAGAGGAUAAAUCUCUUAGUGUUGAUAUGACGGCAAAGGAAAUACCAACUGAAGGACAAGGGAGUAAGUUCAAGUUGCCAAAAUUUGGUAUCAGCCUUCCUGAGGUCAAGGGACCAAAAAUAGAUUCUACUGCAGUGAAAACAGAGAUUGAUAUAUCUCUACCUGAGGGAAAGAUGGAAGUCCACCUACCUGAGGUUGAACUGAAAAAAGGAACAACAGAGGUGAAAGCAGACAUACCAGAAAUAGACUCUAAAGAUCUUCAUGUGAAAACAAAAGGACCAGAUUUUCCAAAAUUUGGCUUUUCUGAAUCGGGAGUGAUGGUUCCUGAAACUGAUGUAAGUUUUUCAAAGGUUGAUGGCAAAUUACCAAAAGGAAGUGUAGACAUUGAUGUCCCAAGUACAAAUAUUACUGUAUCAGUGGAUGAUUCUGGUCAGAAAGAUGAAACAAAAUUUGGAUCUCCAACAAAGUUUAAACUUCCUUCAAUUGCACUUCCAAAAUUUGGAGCCAAAGCUCCAAAGGGAGAAGUAGAGGAUGUACAGAUCACAGGAACAGAAAUAAAUCUACCAAACGCAGAAUUAGAAAUGUCAGCAGGUGUAAAGGUGCCUGAUCUGGACAUUGAGCAUAAAUCUCCCAGUCUAGACACAAUGGCAAAAGAUAUACAAAUAGAACAGCAAGAAAGUAAGUUUAAAUUGCCAAAAUUUGGAAUCAGCCUGCCUGAAGUAAAAGGACCAAAAAUAGAUUCAAGUGCAGCCAGAACAGAGAUUGACAUAACUCUACCUGAGGGAAAGAUGGACGUGUAUCCACCUGAGGUUGAACUAAAAGAACAGACAAUUGAGGUUAAAGCAGACAUACCCGAAAUUGAUGUGAAAGCAAAAGGACCUAGUUUUUCCUUUCCCAAAUUUGGCUUUUCUAAAUCGGAAGUGAAGGUUCCAGAAGCUGCUGAAAGUCAUUCAAAGGAUGAUGUCGCAUUACCAGAAGGAAGUGUAGGCUUGGAAGGCCAAAGUACCAAUAUUACAGUAUCGAUGAGUGAUUCUGGUCAGAAAGAAAAAACAAAGUUUGGCUCUCCAACAAAGUUUAAACUUCCUUCAUUCACACUCCCAAAAUUUGGAGCCAAAAUUCCAAAAGGGGACACAGGUAAUUUACAGAUCACAAAACCAGAAAUAAGUCUACCAAACGCAGAAUUAGAAGUGUCAGCUGAACCACCGUCCAUUGACGUAAAGAUGCCUGAUGUGGAAAAAGAGGAGAAAUCUUUUAAUGUUGAAAUAAAGGCAAAGGAUAUCCAAAAUGAAGGACAAGAAGGUACGAUCAAAUUGUCAAAAUUUGGGAUCAGUGUUCCUGAAGUAACAGGACAGAAAAUGGAUCCAAGUGCAGCCAAAACAGAGAUUGAAAUAUCUCUACCUGAGGGAAAGGUGGAAGUGUUUCCACCUGAGGUUAAACUAAAAGAAGGAGCAACUGAGGUCAAAGUAGACAUACCAGAAAUAGAUUCUAAAAGUAUUGAUGUGAAAACAAAACGACCAAGUUUUUCAUUUCCCAAAUUUGGAUUUUCUAAAUCAGAAGUGAAGGUUCCAGAAGCUGAUGUAAGUCUUCCGAAGGUUGAUGUCAAAUUAUCAGAAGGAAGUGUAGACUUGGAAGGUCCGAAUACAGACAUUGCAGUAUCAGUUGGUGAUUCUGGACAAAAAGAUAAAACAAAGUUUGGCUCUCCAACAAAGUUUAAACUUCCCUCAAUCAAUUUACCAAAAUUUGGAGCCAAAGUUCCAAAGGGGGAGGUAGAGGAUGUACAGAUCACAGGACCAGAAAAAAGUGUACUAAAUGCAGAGUUAGAAUUGUCCACUGAGACACGGUCAGCUGAUAUACAGAUGCCUGACUUUGAUAAACAGGAGAGAUCUUUCAAGGAACGGAAAGGAAGUAAGUUCAAAUUGCCAAAAUUUGAGAUUAGCCUUCCUGAAGUAAAAGGACCAAAAAUAGAUUUAACUUCAGGCACGACAGAGACUGACAUAUCUCUACCUGAGGGAAAGAAGGAAGUGCAUCCACCUGAUAUUGACCUGAAAGAUGGAACAACCGAGGUGAAAGCAGACAUACCAAAAAUAGAUUCUGAAGGUCUUGAUGUAAAAACAAAACGCUCAGGUUUUUCAUUUCCCAAAUUUGGAUUUUCUAAAUCAGAAAUGAAGGUUCCGGAAGCUGAUGUAAGCUCUGCAGAAGUUGAUAGCCAAUUACCUGAAGCAAAUGUAGACUUGCAAGGCAAAAAUAUAGACAUUACAGUAUCAGUAGAUGAAUCUGGCCAAAAAGAUAAAACAAAGUUUGGCUCACCAACAAAGUUUAAACUUCCUUCAAUCUCACUUCCAAAAUUUGCCGCCAAAGCUCCAAAGGUUGGAACAGAGGAUGUACAGAUCAAAGGAGAAGAAAUAAAUAUACAAAAUGCGGAAUUGGAAUUGUCAGCUGAGCCAGCUGAUUUAAAAAUGCCUGAAUUUGACAAAAAGGAGGAGUCGCUUCAUGAGGAUAUAAAAAUUGAAGGACAAGGGAGCAAGUUCCAAUUGCCAAAAUUUGGGAUCAGCCUUCCAGAGGUAAAAGGAACAAAAAUAGAUUCAACUGCAGUGAAAACAGAAAUUGACAUAUCUCUACCUGAAGGAAAGAUGGAAGUCCUCCCACCUGAUGUUGAACUGAAAAAAGGAACAACCGAGGUGAAAGCAGAUAUUCCAGAAAUAGAUUCUAAAGGUCUUCAUGUGAAAACAAAAGGACCAGGUUUUUCAUUUCCCAAAUUUGGCUUUUCUAAAUCAGAAAUUAAGGUUCCUGAAACUGAUGUAAAUAUUUCAAAUGUUGAUGCCAAACUACCAGAAGGAAGUGUAGACAUUGAUGUCCCAAGUACAAAUAUUACUGUAUCAAUGGAUAAUUCUGAUCAGAAAGACGAAGCAAAAUUUGGCUCUCCUACAAAGUUUAAACUUCCUUCAAUUACACUCCCAAAAUUUGCAGUCAAAGAUCCAAAAGGGGAAGUAGACAAUGUACAGAUCACUGGACCAGAAAUAAAUCUACCAAAUGCAGAAUUAGAAUUGCCAGCUGAGCCACUGUCAGCUGAUAUAAAGAUGCCUGGGUUUGACAAACAGGAGAAAUCUCUCAGUGUUGAUUUGAAGGCAAGAGAUACUGAAGUUGAAGGGCAAGGAAGUAAGUUUAAAUUGCCAAAAUUUGGGAUCAGUCUUCCGGAAGUAAAAGGACCAAUGAUAGAUUCAAGUGCAUCUAAAACAGACAUUGACCUAUCUCUACCUGAGGGAAAGAUGGAAGUGAGUCUACCUGAUGUUGGACUGAAAAAAGGAACAGCCGAAGUGAAAGCAGACAUUGCAGAAGUAGAUUCUAAAGGUAUUGAUGUGAAAACAAAACGACCUAGCUUUUCAUUUCCCAAAUUUGGAUUUUCUAAAUCAGAUGCAAAGGUUCCAGAAGCUGAUGUAAGUCUUUCAAAGGUUGAUAUCAAACUACCAGAAGAAAGUGUAGACUUGGAUGAUUCUAGGCAAAAAGACAGAACAAAGUUUGGCUCUCCAACAAAGUUUAAACUUCCCUCAAUCACGCUCCCAAAAUUUGGAGUCAAACCUCCAAAGGGGGAAGUACAGAUCACAGGACCAGAAAUAAAUCUACCAAGUGCAGAAUUAGAAGUGUCUGCCGAUCCACUGACAACUGAUAUAAAGUUGCCAGAGUUUGACAACAAAGAGAAAUCUCUCAGUGUUGAUAUGAAGACAAGAGAUUCUGAAGUUGAAGGUCAAGCAAGCAAGUUCAAAUUGCCAAAAUUUGGGAUUAGCCUUCCUGAAGUAAAAGGACCAACAAGUGAUUCAUCUGCAGGCAAAACAGAGAUUGAUAUAUCUCUACCUAAGGGAAAGAUGGAAGUGCAUCUGCCUGAGGUCGAACUAAAAGAAGGAACAACAGGGGUGAAAGCAGACAUACCAGAAAUAGAUCCCAAAGGUAUUGAUGUGAAAACAAAACAACCAAGUUUUUCAUUUCCUAAAUUUGGAUUGUCAAAAUCUGAAAUUCCAGUUUCAGAAACUGAUGUAAGUCUUCCAAAGGCUGAUGUCACAUUACCAGAAGGAAGCAUAGAUUUGGCAGUCCAAAAUGCCAAUAUAACCGUAUCAGUGGGUGAUUCUGGCCAAAUAGAUGAAACGACGUUUGGCUCACCAACAAAGCUUAAACUUCCUUCAAUAACACUCCCAAAAUUUACAACCAAAGCUCCAAAGGGGGAAGCAGAGAAUGUGAGCAUUACUGGACCAGAAAUAAAUCUACCAAAUGCAGAAUUAAAGUUAUCAGCAGAGCCACUUUCCGCUAAUGUGAAUAUACCUGAGCUUGACAGUGUUAAUAUGAAGGCAAAGGAUAUCCAAAUUGAAGGUCAAGAGAGUAAAUUCAAAUUGCCAAAAUUUGGUAUCAGCCUUCCUGAGGUAAAAGGUCCAAAAGUAGAGUCAACUGCAGCCAAAACAGAGGUUGACAUAUCUCUACCUGAGGGAAAGAUUGAAGUGCAUCCACCUGAGGUUAAACUAAAAGAAGGAACAGCCAAAGUAAAAGCAGAUGUACCAGAAAUAGACUCUAAAGGUUCUGAUGUGAAAACAAAACAACCAAGCUUUUCAUUUCCUAAAUUUGGAUUUUUUCAUUCUGAAAAGAAAGUUCCAGAAGCUGAUGUAAAUCUUCCAAAAGCUGAAGUGAAAUUACCAGAAGGAAGUGUAGACUUGGUACAGCCAAGUACUGAUAUUACAGUAUCAGUGGAUGAUUCUGCUCAGAAAGAUGAAACAAAGUUUGGUUCACCAACAAAGUUUAAACUUCCCUCAUUCACACUCCCAAAAUUUGGAAUGAAAGCUCCAAAGGGGGAAGUAGAGAAUGUACAGAUCACUGGACCAGAAAGAAGUCUACCAAGUGCACAGUUAGAAUUGUCAGCUGGGCAACUGUCAGCUGAUAUAAAAGUACCUGAGCUUGACAAAGAGGAUAAGUCUCUCAGUGUUGAUUUGAAGGCUAAGGAUAUCCAAACUGAACAGCAAGGAAGCAAGUUCAAAUUGCCAAAAUUUGGCAUUGGCCUUCCUGAGGUAAAAGGUCCGAAAAUAGAUUCAACUCCUGCCAAAGCAGAGAUUGACAUAUCUUUACCAAAGGAAAAAAUGGAAGUGCACCCAUCUGAGGUUGAACUAAAAGAAGGAAAAAUGGAGUUAAAAGCAGACAUUCCAGUAAUAGAUUCUAAAUCUCUUGAUGUGAAAACAAAAGGACCAAGUUUUUCCUUUCCCAAAUUUGGCUUUUCUAAAUCAGAAGCAAAGGUUCCUGAAACUGAUGUAAGUCGUCCAAAAGUUGAUGUGAAAUUACCUGAAGCAAGUGUAGACACUGAAGUGCCAAAUACAGAUAUUGCCUUAUCAAUGGGUGAAAAAGAUAAAACAAAAUUUGGCUCACCGACAAAGUUUAAACUCCCUUCAAUCACACUCCCAAAAUUUGGAGCUAAAGUUCCAAAGGGAGAAGUAGAGGAUGUACAGAUCACAGGACCAGAAAUAAAUCUACCAAAUGCAGAAUUAGAAUUGUCAGGUGAGCCGCUGACAACUGUUGUAAAAAUGCCUGAGUUUGGCAAACAGGAUACAUCUCUCAGUGGUGAAAUGAAGGCAAAGGAUGUGCAAAUUGAGGGGCAAGGCAGUACGUUCAAACUGCCAAAAUUUGGAAUCAGCCUCCCAGAGGUAAAAGGACCAAAAAUUGAUUCAGGUGCUCUACCUUCUAAAGGGUCUGUAGACACUUCUGCUAUGGAAAUUCAAAUUAAAGCACCAGAAAUAAGUAUACCAGAUGCAGACUUAAAGUUGUCAGCUGAUAUAAAAGGGUCUGAUGUUGCUAAAAUGGAGAAACCUAUCAGUACAGACAGGAAGCUUGAAGGCAUGCAGAUUGAGGGGCAAGGGAGUAAGUUCAAGUUGCCUAAAUUUGGGAUCAGUCUUCCUGAGAAAAAAGGAACAAAAAUUGAUUUAAGUACUGCCAAGACAGAAGGAAAAGGAGAACUGUAUCCACUUAAAGCAGACAUUGAAAAGGAUAUCACAGACACAACUGCUAAGUUAAAUGUCACUGGCACAGAUAUUAAAUUGCAUGAUUCACAAACUCAAGGUGAAGUUAAAGACACCAUUCAAGGACUUCCAGAGGCAUCUGUUAAAAUGGAAGAAGGAGACAAAGGAUCAUCAAGCAGAUUCAAACUUCCUACAAUUAAAAUGUCAAAGAUCAGUAUGUCCAAAACUAAAUCUCAGGAUGGAGACAGUGAUACUACCAUGACUGCAAAUGUUCCAGAGGUUGUUAUAGAACCCAAACAUAAAAAAGAUUCACAAGGGCAUGAGAAGUCAUCAAAAUUCACUAUUCCAACACUUGGUGAUGUUCUCAGGGGCUUUGAUGUUGAAUUCAAUGUGCCAAGAUUAGAUGAAAUUGAGGGGGCAAAGACAGAACCUUCAGCUCCUGUUAAAAUGGAACAUGAAAUAGAAGUUAAAGACGAGGUCUCAUCUGAAGCUACAGCCAAAUAUAAGGAAGAUGGAGCUCAGGAAAAAACUACACUUACAUUUAAACUUCCCAAGCUAGGAAUCAAUCUGCCUUCAGAUGAAGGUGAUAGGAAGACGGACCCAGAAGCCAGUGUUGAAAAUAAUGAAAAGCAAAUGGUGACUCAGACAGAUGAUAAAUCAGUAGCAGAUGACAAACAAAUGAAAGCUGACAAGAGUGGAUGGUUUAGGUUUCCAAAGUUUUCGUCACCAACCAAAACUGCAAAAGCUACUGAAAAAGAAGCUUCUCAACCACCUCAGAAAACCGAUGAGAGUCCAGUGAGUGACAGUAAGGAGAAAGAGCCCGGACAGAGUUCAUCUAGAGAUAUUGAAGAGGACAGUGUCAGCCCAACAUUGUCCAUGAGAUCAUCUGAUGCUUUUGCUGAUGUAAGUUCUGCACUAACAACUGAACAUGUUUGCCUUUCUCUGGCUUCUCCUACAAAAGUCAAAGUGAAAUAUUCUGAAUCUACUGCAACUGUUGAGCUCAGUGACUUACAUAGUGAUGUUAUUACUUCAACAGCCAGGACUGAACUAAUUUCCAUGGAGCCUCAUCAGCCAGAGAAAGUGAAUAUUCCAGGCUCUUCUGAUAUGUCUUCUUCUUCAGUGGAUACUCUCAGAGAGAUGUCAGGAGAAAUUCACAGAAUUGUGUCAAAUGUACAAACUGUACCAGACACACAGCACGCUGCAAUCUUCAGCAGUGUAGAUUCAAAAGAUACUGAAACCUUGGCUCUACAGAAAGUAGCAGUACAAUCAGCCUCAUUAAUGGCAGUUGAUAAGACUAGAGUGCUAAAAGAACAACACACUUUAGUGGAGAGGUAUAUAGUAACAGAGGUAUUUGGUGAAAAUAAGGAGGAAGUAAUUGUCACAAAGAAAACACAGGUUUUUGAGGAAGACUCAGAUGCUGUCUCUGGUGACACAGCCUCCUCCAUACGCAAGUUGAGAGACACGGUACACACUGAGAAAAUGAGAUUUUUUGAGAGUUCAGAGUCAGAUAAACAAAUUGUAGAAAGUGAUGAAACAGAUUUAAGGCAUAUAGAUUCCUCUGCAGAAGAGAAUGAGGGGAAAUGAACUUUAACUGUCAUUUAGCGGGAACUUGAUUUGUGGCUUCAGAAUCUGAUAGACAUUUGAUUGAUUUUUUUUUUCCAAUGCAUUUAUAUUGAGUGCAGAACUAGAUGUAUGGCUAUAGCUAAUAUAGCUAGGGGCCAGCUAUAACACCUAUAUAACACCAUAACAAAACAAAACAGGGUUAGAUAGUCCAUGUAAGACCAGGUUUUAACAAAGAACAAAUUCAUUUACCUUGUUUUAGUAUUGAACACCUAAAUAUAUGUGCACUCUUCCUUGUCUACCUUGUCUCCUGUAAAUUGUUUACAGUGGUAUCAUAAAGGAGGGAUAAUAUAUAUAGCAUAUGGCAAUUGAAAAUAAAUAAUAGUAUAAUAAUAUUAUAUUUUAGAGUAAAUAGUCUGUUUGUCCUGAACUAUGUUGUUGUCAAAAUUAAUAUAAUUAAACAUAAUUUUUGCAUUCCUGUAAAGAGAUGAAAAUGUUCAAAGCUAUGUAAAUAUGUUUGAUUCUUUUUUCUGUUCUAUGUUACCUUGCUGCAAAACACAGUAGAUUUGCUCCUGCAAUUAAAUUACUGUAUUUACACGAGCAUAUACACCAAAAUAAAUAUUUUAAAAUCAAAA